UUAAAACCUAUCCCCAAACUAAAAUAUGAUGUUCGUUGUGCGCAGAAGAAGGUGUGCACCUUGCUCGGAGCCAAUGCUCUAUCUUUGAACGACUUUGAAAACGACGAUGGAUCAUAUUCAGUUGGCACAAAUAUUCACACCAGAGGUGAUACUUCAGAUGCCGUUUAUGCACUACUAUCGAAAUCCAACGGGUGGACCGACGCAUCUGCAAACUAUAUAGAAGAUCAACAAAGACAAAGGCAAAACUUCCAGUUUUCUGGAACAGCAAUUAAAUUACCUUUUAGUGAAAUAAUUAGGCUUAUUGAAGCGUUUGUUCAAGUUAAAGGGGAAAUUGCCUCAAGAUUGAAUCAUCUGUUGUCUGACAAUUCCGAAUUGAUAAGGGCCGUAUGGAAUACGUUGAUAACGAAGAUUGGCACUCUACACAGUUUCACUUUAAACGGCUUAGUAGUAUUAAGAAAAAUUAUGGAGUUUGCUGCCCAACUGUUUGGACAAUGGUCGGUUAAUGUUGACGUUAAUCCACAUUUUUAAAUGUAAAAGACUGAAUUUGUAUGUAUAUUUGUGUAUAUAGUUAAAUAUGAAUAUUUUGCCAUUUCUGAU